UAGAUGAUGUGUUCAGCUCCAGAAAAGUUUAACCCUGCCUGUGACAAUGCUUCGUUGGCCAGUAACAUAUUUGCUGAUGGUGAUUCUAAUAAGAGACUUCAGAGUCUAUUCCACCACAUGUCAUCUAACAGAGUACAAGACAUUGGAUGGAUGCUGUCCUAUGUGUCCUGCUGGUCAUCGAGUCAAAACAGACUGUACAGAGUUCAGCAGUACAUCAUGUCUCCCAUGUUCAGAUGGGACACAUUUGGAUCAGUCAAAUGGACUAAAGAGUUGCACUCGAUGUUCUAUCUGUCAUUCAGGAGCUGGUCUGAAGGUAAAGCAACAAUGUUUACGAUCUGCAGACACAGUUUGUGAGCCAAUGGAGGGAUUCUACUGUACAGAUUCUACAUCAGGAGGCUGUGCUGCAGCACAGAAACACAGGAGCUGUGAACCAGGACAGUACAUCAGUAGGAUGGGAACAGCCUCCACAGACACAGAAUGCUCUGAAUGCAGCAGUGGAACAUUUUCUAAUGGAACGAUGUUGUCAUGUCAGCUUCACACACAAUGUGAAAAAGAAAACCUUCAGCUGAUAAAAGCAGGAACAACUACAACUGAUGCUGAAUGUGGAGAAAAAAAUGACAGCAUCACAGGAGUUGGGAUCAUUGUUCUGGUGGUUUCUUUAGUUAUAGUUGUGUCAGUAAUUGUUGCUAUUGUUGCUCUCUGGAGAAAGAAGAAAAUUACAUUACAAGACAUUUUUAAAAGUCAACCGAAACCCCAAAGGGGCCCAGCAGAAGGAGCAGAACAGGGUGAAUGUUUGACAGAUCCAGGUAAGAAGAAAAUUCUUUACUUGAACAUUAUAGGAUAG